AUGGUGAUCAAGAUUCUUCUGUUGGCGUACACGUCUCUGCACAUGUACCUGGAACAUAACGGAGCUGGACGAGACCUCUGGACUCUCUCCGAUCAUCAGAUCACCGUCUAUUUCAAGGUGACGAUCCCGCCCCCCCGACGAAACCAAACCCCUCACGGCUUGUCUUUUCCACGAACGCCUCUUAACAUCAUCUCCCGACAGGCCUUCUACGCGCUGCAGACGCUCUAUCACUCCUGCAUCGACAUGAUCAAGGCGUCCAUCCUCUUCAUGUACCUGCGCAUAUUCCACCUCCCCGACGAAAAGAUCCGGGUGGCGCUCUGGAUCACCAUGGGCAUCAACAUCCUCAGCGGGCUCAGCUUCAUCUUCGUCGGCCUGUUCCAGUGCCAGCCCAUCAGCCUCGCCUGGACCUUCUGGACGGGCGAGGCGACGGGCAAGUGCGUCGACAUCGUCCUCCUCGCCCUCUCGCACGCCGGCAUCAACAUCGCCCUGGACCUGUGGAUGCUCAUCCUGCCGGCGACGCAGAUCUGGGGCAUGAACCUGGCGGUGCGGAAGAAGGUGGCCAUCAUGGCCAUGUUCAGUCUCGGUCUUUUUCUCACCAUUGUCAGCAUCAUUCGUAUCCCGGCCAUUCUGUACUUCCGCCAACACCCGUUGAACCCGACUGUCGCCAUGAUGCCCAGCGUCAUCUGGUCCGACAUCGAGCUGAACGUGGGCGUCUUCACGGCCUCCAUACCGAACAUCCGCCAGUUCUUCGUCAGGUUCAUCCUCCGGCAGUCGGAGAAGAAGAAACGCCUCACCGCGGCCCGGUCGGGAAACACCGAGGGCUUCUCGAAGAAUACGGCCCGGGCGUCGACGCUCGCGCAGCAGCUGAGCGAGUUGGACACCAUGGACGAGAGCCACGACGGCUCGCCCUGCAAGCCGGCCCAAGGCCAACACGUAAAGGCAACAGAAGAGUAA